ACCCCGGGCCAUAUCCUUCCCCCGAAUCCUUUCCAGUCUCCCAAAUAUCCUAUUCCAUCAGCCAGACCCCAGGGCAAACUUGCCCGAGUGCCACAGGAGUGCCACACACCCCUUCUUUCCGUGCCAAGAUAACCGAGUGACUCACAUUAACACUCGUUGCUGACUCUCAUGUGAAGGGGUUAAUCACACUCAUUCUGGCCACUUGACACGAUGAAGUUCCCUUUAGGAUUAUUCAGUGUGGUCUGGAGCACUCUUUACUGGUGGUUUCGGCCCCUGAUGAAGUGGGUCCUGAGGCGCACCACCAGACUGUGCGAGCUGCAGCGCAUUUGCUAUGGGGAGUGGAAGGGAGCGCAGAGGACCAACGGUAUUGAAUUUUCCCUUAAUCACAGCCGUUCGCCGGAUAUCCAGAAAUGCAUGAAGUACAUGGAGAACAAGUGUAUUGAGCGCACCCUCAAGCCAGACCUUAUCUACUACGCUGUGUUCGCCAUUGUACGCAUCAAGAAGAUCAACACCAAAGUACAUAAAAAGUUCUCCGACAUUCUGUGCGAAUGCCUCACACAGAUUUGGGGAUAUCGGCAGCUGUUGGCAGAAAUAGAAGCCAUUCGUCAAGAGGCCUACAACAUAGAGAAUGUAGGACAUGAGGCCAUGCUGAUGAGGCUAUGGGUGGCUCUCAUGCCUGGCAUGCCUUUGGAGGCGAGAAUAACAAAGCAGUGGCAGAUGAUAGGGUUCCAGGGCGAUGACCCGCGGACAGACUUCAGAGGCAUGGGCUUGCUGGGCCUCGAGAACCUCUUAUUUUUUGCUGAAGAACACAACUCUGCAGCGCGACACGUGUUAACAAGGUCUCAGCAUCCGAGAUACGGUUACUCGUUUGCAAUUGUGGGAAUCAACAUCACACACAUGGCCUACAACCUGCUCCGUUCUGGAGAUGCAAAGAAUCACUUUUAUAAUGCGUGUAAGAGGUUUCCUGAACCGCGAGUAUUCCACCAGUUUUACAGCUACCUCUUCUUCUCGUUUGACGACCUCUGGCGUCAGGAAAAGCCUCGGGACAUGAUGGAAUUCUCACGAGUUAGAGACAAGUUCGAAGCUCAAGUGAAACAGAAACUCAAGAACCCAACCACCUUUUUCAAAUGCGAGUUUGUCUUAGAAAACAUUUGAUGUGUGAAAACCAGGUCAUGGUGCCAUAUGAUGAUUCAAGAGGUCAGUAAAAAUCACAUAUUCGUGUGAUGUUACUUAUGAAGGAUUUUUUCUAAGAAGGAAAUUCUGUUAUUAUGGUAUUUUGUUACCUUUCAUAUUCUAGAUAUUCUAGCAUAAGAGCCAACUUGUAAUAUUUCUUUACAUGAAUGAAGACAGAAGUGAUGCAAUACUUUUUUAUCCAGUUUCUGUUUUUUAUAUGUACUCACUAUUACAGAAUUAAAGUUUUUGUAAUAACUGACAGUGAGAGGGAUGUAAACGUUUUAGGGAAAAUAAGACAGGAGAAGAAACUGCAAGAAAAAAAAAUUUAACAUAUGAUAAUUUAAACGUCUGGAAAGGGAAAUAGAAAAAAAUGUGAUUUAUAUAUACUUUAAUAUAUAUUUUGGUUGUCUAUUCUUCUCUUGUAUUCCAUUGGGUAUAGAGACCUUGGGGAUAUAGUGAUGAGAAAAAAAGGAAGAAUAUCGACUUUAUUGACCGGUAUUUUUAAGGAUGUUAUUUGUUUUGCUUUUUAAUGCAUAGUAUCUCUGCACAAAGAUUUGUGAUACGCAUAUGAGAUUUUAAAGUGUUGGUCUGAAGCACAGAAGAUUAUGUGUAUGCCAGUGUACAAGUUGAUGCAGCGUAGAAGUCGACCCCUAAAAUUUGCGUAAUUCGGGUUUAGCCCAAUAGUCACAGGACAAGACGUCCCACCAAAAUUAAGCAGCUCCACUUCCGCAGCCCUAUUGUAUCGUAAGAAGAAAACUGCAGUAUCUCAUAAACAGUUUGAAGAUAUUCUUCUAAAACAAUGGUCGCAAGUGAGUUCUAACACGCCCUACCUUAGUGAAUGUAUGUGCCCUAUAUUUUUGGUGAAAUCGACCUACCAAACGUGAGUUUCAGUAAGAAAUUAUUAUUCAACAUACAAAUUAACCCCUGGUUUUAGAGAGAGAUUUUUACCUUUUGAAUGUUGACUUGUAUGCAGGCAUGUGUGGUAAAUAUGAAAACAUUCACUCAUUAUAAAGGUUGUAAAUACAGAUUGUAUUUAUUAUAGUCAGAUCAGGUUAAACUUGAGUCUGGAUUAAAUCAGUUGACAGAAGUAUAUCUUACACUUAUACCUUGGUUUCAGGACCUUCACUUACCCAUGAUUAAAUUUGCAAUUGGUUCUUUUCCAUUUACAGAUUGUUACUCUUAUUGUUACCUUCCUAUUUAUUUUAUUUACCCAUAGUAAUAUUUUCUAUUAUUCUGUGGAUUUCUCAUUAUAAAGAUUUAUGACAUAAUCAAAGUACGCAGUAUUGGGAUAACUGGGAAUGACAAGGGAUAAGCAGAAGAGUGUGUGGCUCAUUGGCCUCUGUGGUGGACAGACGUGUUCGCCUCAGCUCCCUACCCUCACCCCCACCUUCCUCCCUCAGCAAAGUUUUAAACAAGUUGAUACAUACCUACUUUUUUAUUUAUUUAUUAUUAUUAUUAUUAUUUUUUUUUUUUUUUUUUUUUUUUUUUUUUUUUUUUUUUUCCAUUGGUAGGGUUUAAGUACAAGAUUCCUUUAAAUAAUAGUUUUUGGCAAGGCGGUACCCAAAUGUCAUAAAUAGCUGUUCCAGUUGCGAUGAGCGACAGCAAGUCAUUGUCACCCCCAGCCAUCAAUAGGACAACACCAUACUCAAACACUCCUGCAGAAGGUAAGAACAUUCCAAUUCAAACAUAAAAGCCACACCUUACCUCCUGCAUCAUAGCAAGUACACUGUUAGCACUUUAUCUUCACGCACAAAUAUAUCAUUAAUAUAUCAAUAUAUCUCUAACUAACAAGGACAAUUACACCCUCUCAUCACACCCAAGGAACGUACAAGUAGUGACAUUACAUUUAUCCUCACUGCUACACAAAACAAGCUACAGUACAUGUCCUCUUACUAGACACACCAUCUGUCGCCUGCUUCUCUUUUUUUUGGAGACACUGGUGCUGUUAUUAACCCUGGCCCUUACCAACCAAAUUACUCUUGCAUGCUAUGCACAAAAGCGGUGAAAUAGGGGCAAAGGGCCAUCUAGUGUGAUAUCUGUUGUAACCAGUCUGAGCAAGCCGGCUGGUACCAUGUCAGCUGUAAUGGAUUGUUUACAGAUAUACAAUGGACAAUUUAACAAUAGUAUUGCAUUGAUUUGCAGUAGGUAUGGCUCUAGUAACACUCCCAUAUUUUCCUACUCUCUUUCCCCCAUUCAGUUUAUUAAUUCCUUUGACAUACUUAAUGACACAACAUGAUCAACCCUUAUGCACAACUCCUCCCAGAAAACUCACACUUAUACACACUCCACCUUUUCCUACUCCAUGGAACGCUUGCCACCCAUCCUAAACACUUGACACCAUCAACACCCAAACCUCGCCUUUACCUUAAUACUAAGUGCUGCUUCCCUUUGCUCCUGGCUUUAACCACUAGACUUUCUUGCACCAGCUGAUCAUUCCUCCUCCUCCCACACACCCUGCUCCUCUCCCAUGCCCCCAGCUAUGACCCGCCAUGACCUAGCAUCAUGCCCAACACCUCAACCCUAAAACUUCUCAACAUUAACUUCCACAGCUUUAUAUCCAGAAAGACCCAAUUCCUCCACACUAUUGACACAUUCAAUCUGGAUAUCAUAAUAGUACAGAGACACGGCUGACAUCUGACAUAGACUCUGCGGAAGGUUUCCCUCCCCCUUAUAGAAUGACAGUGAUACGUAGAGACAGACUGAACAAGAUGGGGAGAGGCGGCGGUGUCCUUAUCACCACCAAAUUUGACUUAGGCCUGAUUUUCACAGACUGUGAGAUCACAUGGAUCCAACUACAAAUUUAAAACUGUAAAUCACUCUUGUUCACUGCUUUCUACAGACCCCCAUCUACCAUCACAGAAUACUUACAAAAUUUUCGUAUAUAUCUUAUAUCGCAUCACUCCAGAAAAACACGUUUGAAUCACAGGUGACUUCAACCUUCCAGACAUCGACUGGACUACUACAUCCCCUUUUGACCCCAUUGACACAGAUGCCCAAAUCCCCACCAUCCCUCACACAAACAGGUGCCAACUACACGAUGUCAUAAAUACAUUCUCUCUCACAAACAGUCAGUAAAUAUCUCACAGACAAUGUAAGAAAGAACCCUAGACACUUUCUGUAAAUUUUUCAAGAUACGCAGACAGGAUACCACUAAAGCUGCACUUUAAGACGACAACGAUACUCUUGUCAUCACACCAGAACACAAAGCACACCUACUCAACACACAGUUCCACUCUAUCUUCACACAAGAAAACCCUAUUACAUCGAUCAUACAGCCAUACAGCCCACCCCGACUCUUGAUAUUAGAGCAGACGAAAUACAAAAACUACUGGAAUCACAGGACACAAAUCACUGGACCCAACAAAAUCCUUACCUUCUUCCUCAAAAUCUGUGCCCCCGCCUCCAAACCAUAUUUACGCAAUCCUUCAAAACAUUCUCUCUUCCAUCUGACUGGUGUUGUGCAGACGGCACCCCUGUUGUCAAGGCAGGUGACCAGACUGACUCACCAGAUUAUCGCUUCAUCUCUCCAUCCUCUCCAAAAUCCUUGAACACAUCAAAGCCUUCGGCAAUGUCCCCACAAAAGACUGACACAAAAACUAUUAUUUUUAUGGAGUCACUGGCACACUUCAUGGGAUCACAGUUUUUCUUUCUAACAUGACCCAACACGUUCUUCUUGAUGGUGCUAUAUCAAGCUCUGUUCCUGUCUCUUCUGGUGUCCCCGACGGCACCGCGUUAGGCCCUCACCUUUUCCUACUCUACAUAAAUGACCACUCUCCACCCCUAAUUCUACAACUAGACAGCCUCAUCAAUCGACAAAUCAAGACACCUGACAACUGUAAACUUCUCCAGACUGACCUAGGGAAAUGGCAAAUGAGCUUUCGCCCAGACAAAUGUAAAAUCGUAUAGGUCACCCUUUCUCAAACGCCUAUAAAAUUUCAAUAUUCAAUUCACUCACAACAGUUACUCAGCACACCAUCACACAAAUAUCAAGGAAUCACAACACACCAACAUGAAUGUAGUGCACACAUAGACAACAUACAACAUACAGCUAAUAGAACACUGUGUUUCCUGAGGAGGAAUACUAAGCACACGGCUUACAGUACACUUGUCCGUCCAACACUCGAGUAUUGUGUGGGACCCACAUUCAAACAAAUACUAGUAAAUUACAAAAGAUUACGCCGCAGCAGCCAGGUUCAUUAAGAACAACUGCACGAAACUCCAGACAUCACAACACGCUUUAAACAACUACACUUGGAUGCCCCCAACUACACAUGGACACAGACAAGCAUAAAUAUACAAGACUACUUACACCACGCAAACACACUCAAUACACGUUUCACUCAGCCUGAAAUACGUGACAUACCCCACUAAUGCAGAUUCUUACAAACACUCGUACUUUCUAAGCACCGUUCGUGACAGGAACAGACUCUUACAACAUACAGUACACAAAAGUAAAGCAGAUACUUUCCAGUAACUUACACUUGUACACCUAAGAACGCAUCCGCAAAACACCACCCUUACCUGUUUUCCGCCAACAGCCAACCUGCGAUAUAAGCUUGAUAUGCAAAGAGACAGGUCUUUUCAGGAAAAAAAAAAGCUUCAGAACAUAAGACAGCAGGAAUGUUAGAUUAGAGUUGGCCUUUAUUAUUAUUAUCAUCAUUAUUAUUAUUAUUAUUAUUAUUAUUAUUAUUAUUAUUAUAGUUUCUCUAAAGAAAACAGAGAGGAGAGUAGGUAAAAGCAGGUUCAACUUUUUUCUUCCCUUGAAUAAAGCAUAGAAACUGCUAUUGGGUAAAAUCUGCGCCACAAUACUAGGUUGUGGAAUCGACAGCAUCGCCGUGCACAGUGAUCACACCUGCUUUCAUUCACGCCGCACGCACACGGAAAGUAUUUUCGUAAAAAAAGUUGUAAAGGGCUUUUGCUAUUUAGAGCGCUCUUUCUUUACACUGAUUGCUUUACAGAUAGAAAAGUCAGAAGUGUAGAUAGCAAAAUCCUGUGCCAUCUCAGCAAGUACUGGGUUAUUAUCAGGAAAUGAGAAUAUUCAGUACAUAGAUUUUCUAACUUCAUUUGCACAUUAGUGUGCCUUUAAAGUUGUAAAUAAGUACAUGUUGCUAAACUCAUUUCAACACAGUUCUUGCACUCAUUAAUCGUUGCAAAAAUAAAGAAAAACAACAUCAAUAAUGUGAUUCUUACAUCAUAAUUUACAUAAUAUCCUUCAGGUAUUUCCUCAUAUCUUCAUAAUAUCGAUUUUGUUAAAUCAUAAUCACCGAUGAAAAAGGAUCUCAGGCUGAAAGUCCAGAUAAAUUAGGAUAUAAAAAGUAGAGUAGAGCUAAUUUCCCUUAGCUGACGUUCCUCUGUACAUGUGUUUGUAGCAACGAAGGCCUUAAUAUAGUCUGUUAACUACUGGUGUCUAAAUCAUGUCGCCUAGAAAGAAAAAAAGAGGAUUAUUUCUCUAUGGAAAUGUGAAUUUACCUUUCUUAAAAUCCUAGAUUCUUCAAAUAAUUACAGUGUCAAAAAGGCCUAAUUACACCUGAUCUUUACAUGGACUGUUAAGGAGACGCGGCAAGGCAGUGGCGACCCCUCCUCGCUGUGACCAGGUGCCACUUGCCUGAGGGUUGAAAGAGUGUGAAGAUCGUGGUAUAAAAUACAUUAUAUUGUUAUUGUAGUUGCACAUGAUGCUGAUAAUGUACACUACUGUAUUUUUAGGAACUAUUUAUUUAUUUAUUAUAUUUUUCCACUGCAGUUAUCUCAGUACAGUACAACCUUAAACAUAAAUAAAUCCUAAAAAGUCAA